AGUAUAAUUUUUCCGAAAUAAACACCUCCAUUUCAUCUAAACAGGAUAAAAAUCCCUCUAUAAAACACAUCAUCUCCUACACUUAACACUCCAACAAUGCCAACUUCCUCAUAUCUCUUCUGCUCUCUUUUCCUAUUGUACUCCCUCUCUGUCACAAAUGGAGCUCAACUCAUACUAGUAAACAACUGCAACGAAACCAUAUGGCCCGGAAUCCUCGGCGGCGGUGGCCAACCCACCCCGAACGACGGCGGCUUCAACCUAACCUCCGGUGAAGAAUCCGUCUUCAAUGUGCCGGAAAAGUGGUCCGGCCGAAUCUGGGCCCGGCAAGGCUGCCACUUCGACGACACUGGAAAAGGGUCAUGCGACUCCGGCGACUGCUCCGGCCAGCUCCACUGCCGCGGCAUGGGUGGCACGCCGCCAGCCACGGUGGUGGAAAUGACAUUGGGAACAUCAUCUUCACCACUUCACUUCUAUGAUGUGAGUUUGGUUGAUGGGUUUAACUUGCCGGUGUCAAUGGCUCCGGUGGGCGGCGGCGUCGGGUGCGGCGUAGCGUCGUGCGGUGUCGAUUUGAACAUUUGUUGUCCGGCAGCGUUGGAGGUGAGGAGGGAAGGGAAGGUGGUGGGGUGUAAGAGUGCUUGUUUGGCUAUGCAAUCUGCUAAGUAUUGUUGCACUGGGGAUUAUGCAAACCCUAACACUUGCAAGCCCACUAUUUUUGCUCAUCUCUUUAAGGCUAUUUGUCCUAAAGCUUAUAGUUAUGCUUUUGAUGAUUCUUCUAGCCUUAAUAAGUGUAGGGCUUCGCGUUAUGUCAUUACUUUCUGUCCACCCUAUUGAGAGGUGUAUAGAAUUAAAAUCACAGAAAAAUAUUAAAAAUGAAAAAUGAGAGUACCACAUUCAUAGCAUCAUUAGGAAGUAGACGGUGUUAGAAGAAGAAGAAGAAGAAGAAGUUCUUGUGUUUUGUUUUACAGUAAUUAGCUUUUGAAUUCCUGGUUGGUGGGAAGUGAUCUAAUAGAUCAGUAUGCAAUAGUCUUAUUUUGUAAUUUAAUGGUCUAAGUUUAAAUUUGAAACAAAAUUUUAUCAUUUUAAUUUGUA